CGCUCUGUGGUGGCUUGUGAUUGGUCGGAGGUCACAGCGGCAGCCAAUCAGGGACGGUUUCGGGGGAGCGCUGAGUGCUGAUGUGUGAUCCCGGCUCGCCGUCUCCCAGUCUGUCACAGCGCACGGCCGCAGCAUGCCUUAUCACCGCACCUGGGAGGAGUUCGCCCGGGCCGCAGAGAAACUCUACCAGGCCGACCCCAUGAAGGUGAGGGAGAGACAGGCCGGAACUACAACUCCCAUCAUACCCUGCGAGCUGGGGGGAGAGAGAGAGCGUACUGGGGGGGAGAGAGAGAGAGAGCAUACUGGGGGGGCACACUGGGGGGGAGGGAGAGAGCAUACUGGGGGGAGAGAGAGAGACACCAGUAGAGAGAGAGCAUACUGGGGAGAGAGAGAGAGACACAAUUGGGAGAGAGAGAGAGCAUAAUUGGGGGGAAGAGAGGAGAGAGAGCACACUGGGGAGAGAGAGAGACACUGGGGAGAGAGAGAGAGAGAGUUAAUACCGGGGGAGAGAGAGCAUGGGACUGGGGAGAGGAGAGUAUUAAUACCGGGGAAGAGAGAGAGCAUACUGGGGGAAGAGAGAGAGAGAGCAUACUGUGGGGGAGAGAGAGAGAGAGACACUGGGGAAGAGAGAGAGAGACAUACUGGGGAGAGAGAGAGAGCAUACUGGGGGUAGAGAGAGAGAGAGCACAAUUGGGGGGAAGAGAGAGAGAGAGCAUACUGGGAGAGAGAGAGAGAGAGAGAGCAUACUGGGGGAGAGAGAGAGGAGAGCAUAAUUGGGAGAGAGAGAAAGACACUGGGGAGAGAGAGAGAGCGCAUACUGGGGAGAGAGAGAGAGCCAAGAUACUGGGAGAGAGAGAGAGAGCAUACUGGGGGAGAGAGAGAGAGAGCACACUGGGGAGAGAGAGAGAGCAUACUGAGGGAGAGAGAGAGAGCAUACUGGGGGAGAGAGAGAGCAUACUGGGGGAGAGAGAGAGAGAGCAUACUGGGGGAGAGAGAGAGAGCAUACUGGGAGAGAGAGAGAGAGAGCAUACUGGGGAGAGAGAGAGAUACUGGGGAGAGAGAGCAUACUGGGGGGGAGAGAGAGAGAGAGCAUACUGGGGAGGAGGAGAGAGCAUACUGGGAGAGAGAGAGAGCAUACUGGGGGAGAGAGCAUACUGGGGGGGAGAGAGAGAGACACUGGGAGAGAGAGAGAGCAUACCGGGGGGAGAGAGAGAGAGAGCAUACCGGGGAGAGAGAGAGAGACACUGGGGAGAGCAUGACUGGGGAGGGAGAGACAUUGCACUGGGGGAGAGAGCAUACUGGGGAGAGAGAGAGCAUACUGGGGAGAGAGCAUACUGAGGGGGAGAGAGCAUACUGGGGAGAGAGAGAGCAUACUGGGGAGAGAGAGAGAGACACUGGGGAGAGAGAGAGCAUACUGGGGGAGAGAGAGCAUACUGGGAGAGAGAGAGAGAUACUGGGGGAGAGAGAGAGAGAGCAUACUGGGGAGAGAGAGAGAGAGCAUACUGGGGGGGAGAGAGAGAGAGCAUACUGGGGGGGGAGAGAGAGAGAGCAUACUGGGGGGGAGAUAGAUACUCUGCAUGGUAGGGUUAGGCAAUCUUCUGCACUCCACGUUACAUCUCCCCUGAUGUUUUUGAUGUAAGAGCAUUCUGGGUGAUGUAGUACUCAACAUCUGGAGUGCUGGAGGUAGCAUAUCUCCUGCUCUGUGUCGAGGAAUGGAUUGAUAAACAGUAGAGACCACCCACAGGCAGUUCAUCUGCAAGUGCUGUGGUUGCUAUGGUAACUCAGCCGGUGCUGUUAGCGCGGACUAAGACAUAUAGGAAUGGAGUGACUAGCAUCCAUCGCUCAGUUCAGAUGCUGGCAACCAAGGCAGCUUGUCUGAAUCGACGUUUGUCUUGUUUGAGGAUGUUUUCUUCAAAUCAUGAGUAGAGCUGUGGCACUGAAGGUGGGUGUUAUAGUAGUAGAACACUUACAUCUGUCAUGAGAAUACAGCGAGGGAGCGGAGGCUAAGGUAAGUGGUUGCAGGCUCCCUUUAAGGAAUGGACGGUGGUUCCCGAACUAGUCCUUAAGGCCCACCACCAAUUCAGGAUUUAUGUAUUCGCAUACUAAUUCUAGUAAUGUAAUUAACGUGUGUCCUGACCACUUGGUUAAUACGGAGGAAGUCACGGUGCAAUGAAAUGUCUUAUGCAGUGAAUAAACUACAUUACAAUAUCUCAUGUCAAUAUAAGAAACUUGACUGAAGACCUCUUAAGGUGUAUUAUAGUGUCAGUUCAUCUUCCAUCUUUACUUUAGUGUGUUUAAGAGCAGUUUCAUAUUAGUGGUUAAAGUGGUUAUUUGCAUCUACUGGCCCACUGCUACACUUUUGUAUUUGUUAGUUUCUUCAACAAACCUUAUAGUAGAUUCUUAGCAAAAAAGGUGUGGGCUUUUUUUUCUUCCAUAUGGUACUUGGUCGGUAUCAUGUAGGUGCAGUGACACCUACAUGUGCGUGUUACUUGAAAAGGACACACAUGUUUGCUCUGAAUAUGGGUACAAGUAUUACAAAAAGGGGGCACCAUACUCUUCUGUAGAAAAGCUUCAUUGUGUAAAGAAGAGGCAAAAACUUCAUAACAAAAAAUAAUUUGAACCCACAAGAAACCUACUUCUUGGAUUAGGACUCCAUAACUAAUGAUCUGCAUGAAUGCAAGGAAAGUGUUUGAUUAUUAUGCAAUAUGCAUCUUGAAAGAGUGCUAUUGAAGGAGGGGUAAUAUCUCAUAAUGGAUGGACACUUUUGUUAUGCAAGAGUGUAACAUUUGCAUGCUUUGUUCCAUAGGAACUGUGUGUGACGAAUCCCCUAUAUUCUGAUUGAGUAUAUCCGUUAAAGAAUCUUCGAAGUGAAGCAGUGAUUAUAACUCUCACCUACCCAAACAUCAGCCGAGACUGUUUUAUUAUGGCCCAAGGUACAAUACAGAAAAUACAAAACACCCCAAAAUGCAUAUUAGUCUGAUAGGAACCCCCAUAAGUAUUAUAUCCAUGGAUAUGAGCUCACCAGCUGUCCAAAUAGCGCUCAGAUCCAUAAAUUCUAGCGGAUCGCCACUGGGGUAAAGUUCUGACCAACUGCACACGUGGUCUCAUGCCCAAAACCGUUCAAGGGUGUUUGGUGCUUUGGCCGGUCACCUUUCGGAAGUUUCCAUGCAAAGACAAACAAAUGUUUCUCCUGGCUCGUAAGUUGCGAAUGUUCGCCUAGUUCGUGCAAACAUUUCCACUGAAUAUCGCUCUCCUGUCUUGUCGGGAACGGAAGCAGGCGUCGACACGAGGUCUCUGAGGUUCGGGAGUUGAAAUAUCCGUCUUUGUGUUCCAGACACUCGACGGACAAGUGUCACUGCCCAUGUUCGGGAGGCAAGAUGGUCGCCGUUUUCUAGAGCACGUGUUGUUCGGUUAUAUUAACGGCGGCCACCCAGGGAGAGCACUUAAGCUUGUGGUUACUUUGCAGUUAACAAGCCAGGAGGGUGUUUGGUAGUUUGCAAUUACCAAAUGGUGGGAAAGCACUUUGGGUUCGGGGAAACUUGGAGGACGAAAUAGGGGGAACUCUAGAAUGUGAGAAAUGGUGAGUGUAUCACACUGUGGUGAUUAUGUUUAUUUAUUUUGUUUUUACUUUUUAAUUAAGUGGUCUAUGUGUAGUGCCCCUAUCCCUUAACCCUCCUCCUUUGUAAAACAGCAGGAUUAAGUCCACGUCUAUUGGCUGUCUUGCGUACAACCACUAGAGGUGCUUCCUUGUACCCAGUGGAGUGUUACUCCGUGAAAUGAUGUUGGACGUCCUUGCGCUUUGCAUCCUCAAAUUUUCUAUAGUAAAGCAUUGAUUUAAUGCCUUUCUAUGGAGAAUCUUUAAAGGAGUACUAUAAGCAUCCAAACAACGUUUAGCUUAAAGGGACACUCCAGGCACCCAGACCACUUCUGCCCAUUGGAGUGGUAUGGGUGCCAACUCCCACUACCCAUAACCCUGCAAGUGUAAUUAUUGCAGUUUUCAUAAACUGAAAUAUUUACCUUGAAGGGUUAAGUCCUCCUCUAGUGGCUGUCUACUAGACAGCCACUAGAGGACACUUCCAUGUUCAUAGAACACAAAAGUGUGCUAUAACGACGCUGGACGUCCUCAUGCUAUGUGAGGACCUCCAGCAUCGCUGAAAUCCCCAUUUGAAAGCAUUAUUAAAUGGUUUCCUAUGGGGAGGUCUAAUGGUCUCGGCCGCGCAUGCUCAAUAGGUCUCCCCCGCCGGAUGACAUCAGCGGGGGAGGAGCGUGGGCGGACCCUGACCCAGCGCCUAGGGACAUCUGGAUACAGGUAAGUCACUGGAGGGGUUUUAACCCCUUCAGCAACUUGGGAUGGGGGGUGGGAGGGAGAGGGGACCUGCAGUGCCAGGAAAACUGUUUGUUUUCCUGGCACUGGAGAGUCCCUUUGCUGAAGCAGUUUUAGUGUAUAGAUCAUGCUUCUGCAGUCUUGCUGCUCAAUUCACUGACAUGUAAACAUUAAAUCACUUUUAUUUCUGAUUGUGGAGCCCUUGCCAUACCUACCCUGGCUGUGACUCUCACAGCCUGCAUGGGGUAAAUAUGCUUUAAUGUUCAGCCAGAUGUUAACUUACUUUUAGAAGUUUUUAUCUCCAGCUCUGUAAAAUGAUGUUUAAUCACCCUGUAGGAUCUAGGAAGCUAUUAACAAAGCAGUGGAUAAGAAAUACUAGACAGACUGUGCAACAAAGGAACCUGGAAUAUCUAGGCUUCUUUUUAGGAAGACUGUGUAAGCCACAUGCAGGCAGGUGUGCCAUGGGCUUCAUAAACAAACAGAUUUAACUCCUCAACGGCGGAUGAGUGAGACUGCAGGUACAUGAUCUAUAUUCCAAAACUGGAGGAAAGUUUAUACAGGUGCUAUAUCGAUGAUCUACUCCUGCCUGUUUUACUUCUAGACUCCUAAAGAGUUAUUCACUAAGGUGAGAAUUGACAGGUAUUUACAGUGAAUUUCAAGUUUAAGCCUUAUAUUGCCUCCAAGUCUGUUCUGUAUCCAGUUUGGCUAUUUUUUGUCUUUCAUUUUAAAAUUUCCAGCAAGUUUUACUUUAGCGAAUAAUCCUGUUAGACUAUGAUCGCCUUGAAAGGAGAUUGAAGAGUAGAUAACGGUUUUGUGCCUGGAAAUAUUGUGUAAAAUUAAAUCUGAUAUUCAGUCUUACAAUAAAAAAAGUUUUAAAACAGCCAUUUAGUUACUGUCCUAUUUGAUUUCCCUCCUGCCUUCUACAUGUUUGCAGAUGGCGUGCAGUAAGAAUAUGCAUCUGAUAACUGCUUUAAGCAAACAUCACAACACAUGGCUUUAGAUUCAUGAUCCCAUGUGCAUGCUGGGUAGUGUGUAUGUGUCCCAUCCAGUACAGUGUAGCUGAUAAGUGACAUGUACCUGAUGUGGGUCUUUUUUAUUUUCUUUUGCUGUCUUCGUCCCAAGGAUUGGUUGAGAUCUGUAGAAAUAACUGCAGGCUGAUUAGUCUAUGGACAUACGUAGGCGCAGAGUUUAUUUGUGAACACGCCGUAUUAUGGACUUAGCUGAAUUACUUGGUGUGAACCAGAACAGAAUCCAAGAAUCACUCCGUGUGUGUGUAUGUAGUAACCAUUUCUCUAACAGAUUUAGUCCGUUUUAACGUCCUUGGUGUUUUGUUUUUUUGUUUGUUUUUUGUUUUUUUUUAUCUGCUGCUAUCCACUAUUCCAGCUAUAUCUUAUUUGGGAGAAUUCUAGGAGUUGUAGUCCGCCAGCUAGUAGCCUCACAAACUGUAUGUAGAGGCCAUGUACAAACUGUCAAUUCCUCUGGCAGUAAAAUAGUUAACAGACGUCAGGUCACCUGUCAGUCUCCAGAGGUAGAAUUAUUUUUGAUUCCCCUCACAUGGUGACCUGCUGGUAGAAUAUCAAAAUGGAAAGUGCAGUGUUUUAUAAAUUACCUGCUUCCUCUGUGAGCUAAUGGUAUUCAAAAGGACGAUCUAAACUAGGCAGCAAAAUGCCAGUUAAUCUCACCGUACACUAUUUUUAGACUGAUUUAAAAUGAUCUUGUUACCAUGGAAACAGAACAUGUCUGAAUGGAUUUUGUAUUUUUAUUUUUUUACAGUAGAAUGAAAUAUUCCAGACAUAAAUGGGUUACGAUUUUGAGAUGGCUUAUUUUAGCAUUCCAGUUGCAAGAUGUCUAAAUUGGGUGACUGAUGGGUAGCACCCAGCUGUUAUCAAGCUACUUCUCCCAUGAUGCUUUGUCAUUCUACAUUUUUGGCCGCCCCUGCUCUAAAAAUCUCUCCUGUACAGUGCUGGAGGUGUCUGUAAUCCCAUUUACAUUAAUCUUAUGGCAUGCUUUCAAGAAAAGUGCCCUAUAUCUGGGUGCAGUCUUGUUCUGAAUCUUUAACACCUUCAUGGCCAUUGGUGUUGAGAACUGUCAUGGUAUACGGAACCUCUGGUCUUGAGUUCGUUAGUUGUGCUGGGUCUAAUAGUAGUGUAUAGUGGCACAGGCAUCAUGCAUUUUCUUUAAAUCACACCGGCCUUCCAUUAUUCUUUGUUAGUAACUUUUAAACUUGUUAAAGGGAAACGAUCACCAGUUUUUUAAAAAUGGUUUACUUAUCUGCCAUGUUUAACAAAUGUAAAAAAAACAAUAAUUCCUUUUUUUUAACUGUGUACCUCCAGCUUAUCUCCCUGUCUGUCAUUGCUAUAAGUCAGGGCUCGAUAAAUCCCAGGUCGCCAUUGUGACUAUAAAUUUCACCCUGGCGCCUCCCUCCAUGGAGCCUCCCUUCCUGGGGUGCAUGGAGGUGGCCGGCCGCCCACACGCGAGGAAGCAAUGAUCUUCCUGCAGCUCCUUUCUGUUCCCUCGCCCUGUAUAGUGAUGCUGGGAGUUGAAAUAUGUCAUUCCGGCCCCGUCAUCACUAUAGUGAGCAUAGAGAAGCUGCAGGUAGAUUACUGCUCCCUCACGUGCAGGAUGAGAGAGCAGCCCCACCGAACCCCAGGGAAAGAUCCCCUCUGAUUGCAUGAAAGGUGUUUUUUACUCCCCCUUUUUCCCACGCGGUGCCAGUUUCGCUGCAGCUUGUCCUUUAUAGCUGAGAUCAUCAAUCUUUAUGAUCUCAGCUAAGCCUAUGAUUUCUCAUAGCAAAGCAUUGGGAGGAUAUUGCGCAUAUUCUCUAUCGGUAACAAACCUGUAUUCUGGACCCUAUAGCGUUAAAAAUGCCAUCUGCCUUGUAAAUAUAGUAAAAUCUUAACUUUAUUCUGAUCUGUCUGCUUGGCUGACAUCAGAAGUGUUGAUCUGAGCCAAUCACACUGCUUUCCAUAGGAUUGGCUGAGACUGUCAAUGAGGCAAGUCAAGCACAGCCCUGGCCAGUCAGCAUCUCCUUAUAGAAAUUAAUUUAAUCAAUGCAUCUCUAUGAGUAAAGUUCAGUGUCUGCAUUCAGAAGGUGGAGACACUGAAUGUCAGUCACACUGCAGCACUACCCCAGGAAGCACCUCUAGCAGCCAUCUGAGGAGUGGCCAAUGAUGUUAUUCCUAGGCUGUAAAGCUUUGAGUUUUCCUUUUUAAGUUCCUGCAGUCUAUCUGCCCACCCCCCCAACCACUGAUGAUCAAUGUUUUUCUUGGAGAAAUCAUCUAUAGCAGAGGUGGCCAAUUACCCCACCAGCUGUUCGUAGAACAAUAACACUUGUGAUGCUUGGCCAGCAUCUUAAGGUUGGUGGAGGGUCAUGAUAGUGCUUUUCUAAACCAACUGGGGGCACUCUAAGUUCAUACAUUAUUUUAAAGCUGUUGGUGCAUUAAACAAAACCAACAGUGUGUCAGCGCUAUAGGAUAUAACAAAUAUAGUAAGGCAGCACUUGAUCCCAGUGAUACAGAAGUAUACACAAAUACAAAAAAAAAAAAAUUACCACAAAAGCGUGCUAAACUGAUCUGAAAAUAUAGAAAAACAGAGAAUAGUGCAGACCAUCUGAACUAAUAUAGGGGGGUAUAAGGGAAAAAAACACAUUGACCAGAGCCCUAUCACCCCUGGCUCUGGGUUUGUAAUGCUCCACUUGAGAGGGAAAACUCCCACACUGGUAGGCUUCCAAAUGGUGUGUUCACUUGAAAACUGGUUAAGCUGUGCAAUAUAGGACAGAGAGAGGCAGGACCUCCAAUUGAAUAGUAUCAAAUACACUUUAUUAAAAGACAACAGUAAAAAACUCUUACUUUGCGAGUGGUGGGUUAUGCUGACAUAGCUACCCACAUAAAAACAUAUAAAAAACAGUUUAGUAGCCCUCCCUCUCUAAGGUAUCAAUAUCCUUCUGAAGAUACGGUCUCCAGUACUGUGUACAAUACUCCAAGUGAGGUCUCACCAGUGUUCUGUACAAUGACAUGAGCACUUCCCUCUUUCUACUGCUAAUACCUCUCCCUAUACAACCAAGCAUUCUGCUAGCAUUUCCUGCUGCUCUAUUACAUUGUCUGCCUACCUUUAAGUCAUCAGAAAUAAUCACCCCUAAAUCCCUUUCCUCAUAUGUUGAGGUUAGGACUCUAUCAAAUAUUCUGUACUCUGCCCUUGGGUUUUUACGUCCAAGAUGCAUUAUCUUGCACUUAUCCACAUUAAAUGUCAGUUGCCACAAUGCAGCGGCACUCACUCCCUGGCCAGACUGGCCUGCAUGGACAUUGGUUAUUGACACUCAUGCACAAAAGCAUGGUCUUGUGAACAUGCUCUCCAGUGUCAACCAGUGUUAUCAUAGGGGGAACUCCUUGUAAUCUAUGCUGCCUUCCUGAUUUUUAGGAAGAGGAGGAGAGGAAGGAAAUCGAGAGCUGUUGCUUGGUUUCUAUGCUGUAAUUUUAGUGCUAUACUACUAGAAACUAUUUGUGUCACCAUCUAAGUGUGGAAUCCCUGUAUAAUGAUCAUUUAGUGCGGGUAAGGACCGUAUCUGCUUCAAUAAAGCAGGAAUGGCCAUCCAGUUGCUCUGUGGCUGGUCUUCAGUUCCUGUUCUUAGCUGCUAAACUCUGAGUUUUAGUUCAGAUGGGAGAUAUGCAUUUAAAGCGGGACUAUCGUGCUGAACUUGCCUUUCCCCAAUCACUUCCUUUUCUCUCCCUCUGUCAGGAUCUAUUCUUUAUUUCUUCCUGUCUGCUCUAGUUUUCUUUAAAACAUAAGACAAAGUAGGGACUACUUGUCUUAUGGAGGUUUCUUACGCCUGACCAUCUUUGACCAACGGAGGAGCAAAGUGUGCUCAAGUUUCCUGUGGUCAGAGAAAUUUUCCCACAAUUCUUUCAAUUCCCCCUGUGUUCUCGCAAUGCAGCCCUUCUAUAUUUCCAAACACCAGCAAACCUACCGAAUUUUGCUGUAACAGAAUGAGAGCAGUUCGUCCAUUCGUGUUAGGACAAAAUUCAGGACUUUAGUUCGGUUCGAAAUUUAAUUUGAAUGAAUGAACUUCUGAUCUAAUGGCGGCUGCAUCUUGCAGCCGCUUAGUAGAUAGCUCCCUAAUUCCCAUAAUAUCAGGAAGCUAUCUACCAGAAGGCUGAAAGACCAAGAUUGGUCUUUCAGCCAGCUUUAUUAAUACCAAGUAAAAAUUACUUGGUAUUAGUAAUUAUUUUGCCCCUACUUGCUAUAUUGCAAGUAGGGGCAUAGCUUGUAAACGGUGAGCAGCCCACCCUUCUAAAAUGGGGGACAUAGUUUCUGCCCCGAGCUACGCGAGUGGGGGCUAUGCAACGGGGCUCCCACCCGCCACUCAUGGCGGUCGGGGGCCCUAAAUGAAAAUGGGGAGGGGGCGGACCUAUUGUCCUCUCCCCGGCCCCCCCACCCAUGAGUGGCGACCCUAAAUGAAGGUGGGGGUGGGGCAGCAUGACCUAUUGUCCUCCCACCUAUGAGUGGCGGGUGGGUGACUGGACCUAUUGUCCACCCGGCCCACACCCAUGAGUGGUGAGUGGGGGCCCUAAAUGAAAAUGGGGAGGGUGACCUAUUGUCCCCCAGCCCCCACCCAUGGGCGAAUGGUGUGGGCUAAAUCUGAAAAAAAAACAAAAAACAACCCAGGUGACUAGGGGUGCCCUAGUCACCCCCCAAAAAAGUGAAGUACUACCUAACCCCCUCACCCUAAAAUUAGUGAGGGGAGAGACCAUAAAUCUGAAUCCCUAUAAAUAAAUAAAAUACUUACCAUUUGAUGUUGCUUUAACCAACCUAUCAGAGCACUCUGAGCCUAAUUGCAGGGCGUGGGAAGGCUUUUGUAAGAGUUUCCCCGCCCUGCGGAGCUCCGUCUGUGCCGUGCCCUUGCUGGGUUAAGAUGGAUUAUUUUUUUUUAGAGUUUGGGUUUAUUUUUUAUUAUUUUUUUAAUUGUUUUAAUUUAUUUUUGGGGGGGGGGGUGUUUAGAAAAAAGACCUCAAAUGGUAAUUUAUUUACAGGGAUUUAUAUUUAUGGAUUUAUAUUUAUUGUGCUAUAUUGGUAUGUUACCCAGCGAUUAACACAUUGUAUUCACUAAACACUUGAUUGAUAACAGUCUCUGUUUCCAUCCUUUUCUGUCUAGGUUCGCGUGGUGCUAAAGUACAGACACUGUGAUGGCAGCCUGUGCAUUAAAGUAACAGAUGAUGUUGUGGUAAGUAGUGAUACUUUCUGACCAUGGUGGCUUUUUAAACUCCUAACUAGUAAAGCCCAUCAUAAUUUAAAUUUUCCUAGCACUCUGUGUGAGAAUUUUUUUCUUUUUUUUUCUUUCUCCAUAUCCAAUCUUUAUGUAUUAUGUGUCUACCAAUAUUUCAACUGCUUUUCCAGUCAUAUUAGUGUGCUUUCCUCCAACUUCAUCACAUGUACAUUGUUUACCAUGCAUGUCAUAUGCUGUAGCUUGUGGGAGCAUCAUUUUCUUGUUUAAUUAUUUUGAGGGGGUGUAGAAUAUUUUCUAACAGGAAAAUCUCUUACCCAGGUCUGCCUGUGUGGAGCCUAAGCUGGAUUUACAAGCAGACCUGUCAGAAAACAAAAUAUGCCUAGUCUGUCUAUACAUGGGCCCUGCUCUUCUAAUCAGUGUAGACAUUUUUAAACGUUCCAUUUCUUAGGAGUAAAUUUGACUCUGCCAAAUCCAUAAACCUCUUUCCCCUAAAACAUGACACUGACAGCUGGAAAUACUUUAUAUCUAGACCCAUUAUAAGCUUGGCCCUAUUGUAAUCACUUAAGGGUUCUUUGUUAGCUCUCUCACUUUUUUUACACAUGGUGGCACUAGGUCUUUGAUUCACUCUGUUAUUUUAUUUCAGCACUGAGUUAUGUGACUUAGGGGAGACUGUCAGAGGGAUUUUCUCCUUUUUCAUCUUUCCUUCAGGGACAGCAUAGAACACCCUUGAAGGUGUUUAUUUUAGGAGCUAUAGGUGAUUGUAUUUUGGAUCUACAUCUCUCCUUCUAUUGCUGCCCUUUAAAGCAUCCCUUAAUGAGGUGUGAUUCCUCGCUAUACACUACUAGGGACAGCACAGGUGUUUCAUUUAGGAGCAAUAGGGCAGAUUCAUUUUAUAUAUACAUCCCUUUUGUUAUCCUCUGGUUGCCUGUAUUAUGGCUAUUAGCUCUACCCCAUUUUUGAGGCUAGUAACUUAGUAAGCCUCUUCUGCUGUUGAUACUUGGUAUAUUUAUCCAUAUUAAUUUUGAGUCCUAAGUCUGAUUCUCCAUAUAUAUAGUGCCUUUCUUUGUUUAUAAUUAAAAUAAAGUAUUUUUUAUUUUAUCAACUUUCUGUGGCACCUUUUGGAACUAGUAGGCUGUCUGUUAUAUGGAUAACUUCUAUCAGUACUCAGUGCUGAACUUCUGAGUCAUAAUAUGUAUUAAGAAUUUCCUGUACUUCGUUUAAAACCAGUUUUGAGUCUUUUUUUUUUUUUUUUUUUUUGUGAGAUUCUAGCAUUUUCUAAUACCCCUGCGGACUAAACGAUAAGCUUUUAUGUAUUGUGGGUUUUUCUUUUCCCUCUGGUUUCAUUAAACCUACGUUCAGAGAGGAGUUUAUAAUGUGAAUGCAGAGGGCGGUUAGGAUGCUACUUGGGGAUCAAAAGACCUAGUGAAGGGUGUAGUAUGACUGUGUUCUAGAUUUGCAUCAUGGCUUUUGGGUUUUAUAAAGAGAGAAGCGAGGUUGAUAUGACUUCUUUUGGCAAAUGUAUUGAAAACAAAUUGGUGGAGGGAGGUUAGACCGGAGGGGACAUGCUAAAUUUGAGCAAACCGCUGGACUUCUACUUUACAGUAUGAGACAGGGAAUGGACAUUUACUUGUCUGUAGCUGAUCAUGGCAAACACUUACAUUACAGUAAUUUGGUAUGUCCCCCUCAUCUGGCUUCAAGUGGAAACAAGAGACCCAAUCUUCUGCUUCUUGGAUGGAACACUGUUAAAUUUCCAUUUAGUAUAAAGAUUAAAGAAUCUGGUGAAAGACUUAUGGCAUGUGGAACAUGAAUAGGCAUCUUAUUUUUCUCUUUUCAGUGUUUAUUGUACAGGACCGACCAGGCGCAGGAUGUAAAGAGGAUUGAGAAAUUCCACAGUCAGCUGAUGAGAGUAAUGGUUGCCAGGGAAUCCCGCAGCACUGCCAUGGAAACAGACUGAGCGUCUGAUAGCGCAGAGAAACGUGUUUCGUAUUCAUCACCAUGAGACAACAACUGAGGAAACAACAUAAUAGGAUGCUCAGAUUAACUGAGAGAACGCUGAAAACAAACAAGAGGGCAGUUUGUGUCUAUUGGACGUCUGGGGAAGUUUUUAUAUAUUCUUUCAGUUGAAAGACUCUAUUUAUUUUUGGAAUUGGAUCAAGAAAUAUAAACCCAACUCUGGACGGCAUUCUUCCAAAAUAAGCAGUGUUUGGCAGGAUGUAAACUUGUAACUUUUUCAUUUUUUUUUGACAUGGUGCAAAUUUACUCUAAAAAUUCAAUUUGCAAAAUGAGUCUGCCUUGUGAAAUGGUUUCACAGGAUCCUUCUAAAACAUAAAACUUUCAAUCUGAUAUAAUCCAAGCUAGAUAAAUGCUUGAAGUUUGUUUUUUUGUUUUUUUUGUUUUUAUUUUUUUUUUCUCCCACCCCCCCCCCAUUCUUUUUCUGUUUGUACCUCCAGUUGUGUGCCCAACAAUGCAAUCUUUGUCUUAAAUCAAUAUGAUUUUUGAUUGUGAAGAAUCCCAUUUUUUAACUGUGCUAUUUACAUAGUUAAGUGCAAAAAUAGUGUGCCCAAUGUUAAUAGCGCUAAUACGGUUAUAUUGUGUAAAUCUGGGGAUUCCUGGACACCAAUACGAAUUCAGGAUAGCAAAUCAAAAUGUCUGCCUCUUCUUGAAAACAGGGUUAUUAAUACAUAAAAAGUUAGAAUGUUUUGUUGAAUACAAUUUUAUUUUUUUUCCUCUUUAUUGAAUCUUCUGUAUGUACCUGUUAGAAAAAAACAAAUUUUGGAAAUGAGUUAAAGAGGAACUGUCACGUUUGAGUAUUUUUGAAUCCAGCAAAUAAACAUAGCUGUUAUUUGAGUUAAUUAUU